AUGGCAUAUGAAAGGAAGGCUAGAAUCAAGAAGGAGUACGGGAUCAACAUCAUCUCAUGCGUCGAUGUCAUGGCCUUCGCUGGGCGUGAUGCCACCUACUUCCUCAAGUACAAGAUUGUCUUCUUUGGCACACCAGUAGGCCAUUAUGAUGGACUUGUUUCCUUCAUGAAUCUGACACUCUCCAACUUGCCCCCUCCCUUCGCAUCACUGACCAGCUCCAAAUUUGCCUCCAAGAGGCUGAUUGCCGACGAGAUGGUCACCCUCUCUAGUGCACACGCCAUUGGAAUGUCCCAUUCCUCCUCCUUCUCCUCAUCCUUCUUCGACUACCUCAACGCAAGCACCUCUGACAUGGACCCCACACUAAUGAGCUCUCUCCUGGAGCAAUGCAGGCCAGACAUAGGAAGUGACAACAUGGUGGUGCAAGAUGUCAAGACCCCUAACAAGAUCGAUAACAAGUACUACAAUAAUAUGUUUAGCCAUGAUGUGCUCUUCAUGUUGGAUUCCAUGCUCAUGACAUUAGAUGAUACAAGUGUGGCAUUGCGUGCCAAUGCCAACGACAAUGGUGUGUGGGAGGAGAAGUUCAAGGCAGCGAUGGUAAGGAUGGGUGCUAUCGAAGUCAAGACCAGUGCCAAUGGUGAGAUCAGGAAAAAUGUGGCGCCGUCAACUCAUACUAAUCCUACUGACCCGUUCACUUCAUCGCAAGUUUUUAACUACUUGAGAUUGAGAAUAAGCUCACAACUUCCUCAUGUGCCCAUUGAUGUUAAUUUUGAUUACCUCGUGUAA